UGAUACUAGUAUUGUCUUCAGGACUUGCGUGCAUGUGUUUGGUUUUCGGACCCAAAACAGGGAUAUAAACUAGACUAACUUAGUUCACAUCUGAACAGAUCUCGUAAAUUGAUAUGCUAAAACAUGUGUAGAAGGUCUUCGCAGCAUCUUUAUCAAACUUUUUUUCUGACGAGAUUGUCGAAAUGAACUUUAAGAGAAGAAGGAUUUGCGCGAGGAUACAACGAAUAUUCGUUGUACUGUUUGUUUUGUAUUUUUGCUAUUUUACUUUGUUUAAAUGUACUUGGACACCGUUUCCGGUAGAACUGGCGCAAAAUAAAACAUGGUAUCCUGUUGGCCGGGCAAAGACAGCUUAUGUGUUUUCAGCAUAUCUGGAUGAAAGCAGACAUGUUGUUGUUGUGAUUGGGGCGAUGACUAAAGACCCGAUAACGUAUCUCUGUCAGUUAUGGAGUGCUGAUGCUGGGGGAAAUUCAAUGGAUAUGGACAGAAGUUAUCCAAGAGCAAUUUCACCGCCUGAACACCAUGACAAAAAAUAUGCCAUGACUUUGUUUGAAUGCCCAUUCAGAUCAGCGAGAUUUCCACAAUAUGUUUCUCUUAUAACAAAUACAUGUGAUACCCCACUCAACCUCAUUCGAAUUGACGAAACAAAGGUACAGAGCAACUACAGAAGAAAGUUCACAGUUUGCCUAUCUCCUUUAAAUUUUAUGUAUAGCAGAGCAUAUGAAUUAAUUGAGUGGAUAGAACUGAAUAGAAUUCUUGGCGCAGAGAAAUUUGUUGUAUACAAUUACAGUUCUGCUUCAAACGUCAAAGAAGUACUUGAUUACUACUCAAAACGAGGUUUCGUGGAAGUUAUACAAUGGCCGCUGCCAAUGGCUGUAGAUACAUAUCCUGCAACUGAAGUACGAGCAGAAAUCCAUUAUUUCGGACAGACAGCUGCUCUUCAUGACUGCUUAUACAGAAACAAGAGGGAAUCCGAAUUCAUAGUUAAUAUUGACUUAGAUGAAUUUAUUAUUCCACAUGGCAAUGAAACAACAAACUGGAAAGAAAUUGUACGAAAAGUGGACACAAACAAUGCAAAGGCCUUUGUUUUCAAAAAUACACAUUUUAGAAGAGACUUGAACCACAAACAUUCUAAACACUCGUGGAUGAAUGAUUAUCAAGAAACUAAAAGAUUUAAGCUGACAACGCUACAAACUUUUCAGCGCGAAGUGAAAGUUUAUAUCAAAGGUGUCAAGUCUAAGUAUAUGGUACGGACGGACGGACUCCUUUAUCUUAUGAUACACUUUGUUCCAGAAUUACCACUGAGUCAGGACAUAACAAUUUCGGAAGAAAUUGCACUUUUACACCAUUACAAGAAUUUCGAACAUGAUCCAGAAGUAUCAACUGAUAGUGUACCAGACUAUACCGUGUUAGAUAAAUAUGGAGACAAACUUAUUAGCAAUGUUGAAAGAGUUUGGGACGAAUUGUCUCGCGUGGAUAUGAAUAGUUUGCCCAUUAAGACAUGAAAAGUUGAAAAAUAAGAACACAUUUUACCCGUUUAAUUGUUCAUCGUUCACUUUUUGAACACAGCGAUUUUGUUUUAAAUAAACAAAUAUGUGCAAUUUGCUUCUUUCAACGACUUGUACCUGUAUUAAUGCUAUGAUUUUGUUCCUGUUCCCGUUCCGUACUGUACACUUUUAUUUAUCUACAAAUGUUUAGGCUUGCCUUUUUCUCACAGUUUUUCCGUUAGCAUUAUUUUUGUUUACUUUAUUUAUCAUUUGAUAAUUUAAGUCUAACUAAAAUAUGUAUAAAAUUACAUUUUGUAUUAGCAAAGGCUAUUGUCAUCUUUGAAUGCAAUAUUGACUUAAAUAUUUAAGAACCA